AUGGACGCUGCUGGAAAGCAAAAGCGUAAGCUGAAGCGCUAUAGAACGUCUCGAAGAAUUCAGUACCUGGCCAAACCACGCAAACUAAACCGCAAAUACCAACCCCAGCCGGUGCAGCGAUUUGCCACGGGCACGGAAGUAUGCCGCCCGUACAACGAACCGUUCGCGUCCAAGCGCCUCCAGCAGCUGGCCGAGCCGCACGUACGCAAGUUGGUGGCCGCGCAGGAAGAGUACCGACGGUUCAUCGCACGCAACCGCCAGGAGCAACUCGAGAAGCGCAUCAAAAAAAGUAUCUUCACCGUGUACAGCCGGUUGGCGAACGUGCAGCUACCCGACGCGAGCGACCUGAAGGGUAUGUCACCGGCCGAGUGGCAGAAACAUCGCGAUUGGCUCACCCGGAAUGCGCAGCCGAAACAACCGCCGGCAACGGAGCAGCCAAAGCGUGACCGCAAACCCCUGGCGGCUCUGUUGAACCGCAUCGAAAGCCUUGCCGCACCGAGAUCCACGCGGUCGAAGUUCGGACUCGGAAAGGAACAGAAAGUGCCGGCGGCUUCGCCUGCUGCGAUGAAAGCAACCCCGACCGAUCACGUGGUGAAGCUGGCCGAACCGAUUGCACGUCGCCGGCGAGCGAAGGGACCGAUCGUGGAGGAAACAGGCGUGCCGGAGCGUGCACUUAAAGCGCAGGCAUCCAGUCGGGUCGCCGAGCUGGCCGUAGCGAAGCGGUAUACCAACGUGAACAACGAAUACCGUGACAAUCCGUUCACCGUGGAACCGAACGCGUUACGAGCGAAGGCGAGCGAACGCAUUCUGGAGCUGGCAAAACCGAAGAAAGUUAAGAAGUAAGCCAGCCAAAAUUGUCUGUUAGUUUACCAAAUCCUCAAUGUUGCGUACGAUCUACAAUAAAGCAAGCUACAGAGUGAAGCGUUCAGGAGCCGAACGUUAUC